UCAAAGAGACCACAGAGAUCUGCUGGGACAGAAGGAUGCCGCGGGUCACUUACAGCUAAGUGAUUUUAAAAUAGACCCACUUGUUGCAGUUUGUGGCAUUAGACGAGGCAUACAGCUUGCACAGGCAGUUAAAUCGGAACUGACUCGGCGCGGACUUUCUGCUGGACAUCUGUGCGCUCGGCCGCGGAGGUGACAGGCUGGAUGCCAUGGAGCCGCUGCUGCCCGCGGAGACGGAGGUGAUGGAGCGGGAGGCAGACAAGGAUGCGAGGAGGAAGAUCCAGUUCUCCGUGCCCUCCGCCGUACCCACGCAGCUGGACCCGCGACAGGUGGAGAUGAUUCGACGUCGGAGGCCGACACCAGCUACACUCUUCAGAUUGACAGAUCAACCUUCACCAGAGGAAGACAGCGCCCCACAUCAGUGGGUUUUGGGGGAAAACGGAGCCUUGAAAGCCAAACUGGUUCACGCGUCAGCCUACCAGCCACCCUCACUUAAAGCUGUCCAGAGGAUGGCCCAGGCCCACCUGGCCUCCCUAGACAUUACUUCUCUGGACAAAGAGGAGCCCUCUUCUGGGGAGGAGGAGGAGGAAGGUGAGAAAAAUAGUAAGCAGACGGAACCAGCUACAGAUCUAAGAGAGGAAAGCAAACCACUCAAGGAUCAGUGUGCUCCGUCGGACAUUUCGUCUGUAAGUGCUGAUCUCAGCCAUCACUAUAGAGACGAAGAGGAGGCCAAAGAAAGAGAGGAAGGAAAGGGAGAAUGACAAAAUUAGACUGCUCUGGUGGAGACUGAUUGUUACUGAGGAACCGACUUGCACAGCACAUGUGUGGGCCACGUAUGGGUGUAUGUAUGAGUGUGUGUUUUAUGGCUCUUUGAGUGUGUGCAUGCAUGUGACAAAAAGUUAAAUGUGGAAAAGAGAGAGCGGGGGAAAACAGACAGGCAUUGAGAAAGGUCCGAAUGAUAAUGAGCAGGCAUGAGAGAAGUUUAACCUGAGACUCUGUGAAGGAAUCCGGUCUCGGCUGGCCGAGGAAGCCAGGGCUAUAUUCCAAUCAGCCAAGGAACACUGCACAAGAAAUAUGAGAACUGCCAAGAACGACAGCAUUUUUUCUUGCAAUUAAGUGUGUUUUUUGAAGUUCAACAGGAUUCAACAGGAUUCAAGAUUCAAGAUAUCAACAUUUGUUCUGACACUUGCUCUUUGGGCAAUUUUUCCACAAAACUACCCAUGUGUGAAGAAUCAGAUUCA